AUGAAAAUUGUUCAAAAUGUUUCAUAUCGAAUAAAAUCAUAUCUAUCACAACAUAUAUCGACAACGAAUUUACGACUUUCAGCAUUUUUAAUAUCAUUAAUAUCAUGUUUAGUAUCUGGAUCAAUUUUAUUAUUUACAUUAUUUACCCCAUCAUUUCAUGAUAUAUUGGGAUUGACUUAUUUACAAAUAAAUUUUAUAGCUUCAUUAUCAGCUGGUGGAAUGUAUCUAUGUCUACCUGUUUUGGGGUAUUUAUCAGAUUGUUAUGGACCUUCAAUAUUAUCGUUUUUAUCAGUUUGGUUUUUCGUUCCUAGUUACGCAUUAAAUAGUUAUUUGGUACAAUGUGGAAAUAAUAAUGUUAUUUUGUAUUGUAUUACGUUUUGUAUGAUUGGAUUAGCUACUUCAUCAUUAUAUUUUUCGAGUUUAUUAAGUUGUGCUAAAAUUUUCCCCAAACAAAAAGGAUUAGCUAUUUCUUUACCUAUUUCAUGCUAUGGAUUAAGUUCAUUAAUGGGACUGCAAUUGUUGAAAUUAAAUUAUUUCCAAAUGAAGGAAAGGGAUGUUUUGAAUUUAGUUCGAGUUUUCAGUUUUUUUGCUUGGUUAUAUUUAGUAAUGGGAAUUUUUAGUUUUAUUUCAAGCUCGAUAGUUUUAGUGGAGCAAGAUGUGUUGUAUGACUUAGAAGAAACAGAUGUUGAAACCACUCCAUUAAUUAAUGAAGAAUUAACUCCACAAAGAUCAAUAAGAUCAGUUGAUCCACCAAAUCAUAGACAAAGAUAUAUUAGUUUUUUAAAAGAUUAUUCUGCAUGGAUUAUAUUAUUCUCAUUAAUUUUAAAUAUUGGACCUUUGGAGAGUUACCAAAAUAAUUUGAGUUCUAUUACAGCAAUAUUGGAACCAGUCAGAAUGAAAUCUAACCUUUCUGAUAAAGUUGGAUUAUUAGCUUUAUCAUCAACAAUAACAAGAUUAGCAGUUGGUGGAUUAAGUGAUAUUUUCCACAAGAAGCAAAUAAAUGCAGUUUGGAUAUUAGUAGUUGUAAUAGUGCUUGGGAUAUUUGGUCAAUGGAAUAAUAACAUAAUAUUAAAUGGUGUAUCAUAUGGCGGGGUAUUCACUACAUAUCCAACAAUAGUAGCAUCAGUUUGGGGAAUAGAUAUUAUGGGAUCCACAUGGGGUUCUUUCAUGGUUGCACCAGCUGUAGGAUCAAUAGUAUUUUCAUUAUUUUAUGGUAAAAUAGCUGAUCGUCAAGGUGAUUCUCAAAAAAAUGUUUUAACAUAUUUUAGAAUUACAUCAUUUGCAUUAUUUUUAAGUUGUAUUUUAGUAUUAUUAGCAUUUCGAAUAUGGAAAAAAAGAGGACAAGUUUUGGUAUAA